GCCGUGAAACGUCGGAGAAGAAGAAGCAGAGGCGGAAGUGGCCGGUCUGAGUCGCGUGUAGCAGCAGCAGCAGCAGCAGCUUUCAGACUCCAGAGCUGUGUGUGCUGCCUCUGAAGGUCUGCACACCUCUGCUCCGUCCACCCUGCUGGUGAUUGUGGAUCACGUUGUGUGGUCCACAUCUGGCUCUGACGCAGCUGUGUGUCUUCCUGUGUAGCACCAUGGCCAGUGAGGAGCAAGUGGAAGCAGUGGGACGGGUUCUGGUGAACCCAAGACUGGACCUGACCCGGCGGUUCAGAGCCUUAUUCACCCUGAGGAACCUGGGAGGUGCUGAAGCUAUAAACUGGAUCAGUAAGGCCUUCUUUGAUGAGUCUGCCCUGCUGAAGCAUGAGCUGGCCUACUGCCUGGGACAGAUGCAGGAUAGACAUGCCAUACCUGCUUUGAUAGCUGUUCUUAAAGAUGCACAGCAGGAGCCGAUGGUUCGACAUGAAGCAGGAGAGGCUCUGGGAGCCAUUGGUGAUCCUGUGGUUCUGGACCUACUAAAAGAGUACAGCCAGGACCCUGUCAUUGAGGUUGCAGAGACGUGUCAGUUGGCUGUUCGCCGCCUGGAGUGGCUGCAGAGUAGAGGAGAGAAACAGUUGGAGGAUGGAAGUACCGAUAAGAACCCCUACUUAUCUGUAGACCCAGCGCCCCCAUCAGUGAACAAAAGUGUGUCAGAGCUGCGCUCUGUCCUGCUGAAUGAGAGUCUGCCACUCUUUGAACGCUACCGCGCUAUGUUUGCCUUGCGAAACCUUGGCAAUGAGGAGGCUGUCCUGGCACUGGGAGAUGGCCUGCAGUGCUCUAGUGCUCUGUUCCGUCAUGAGAUUGGUUACGUCCUGGGUCAGAUGCAGCACCCGGCAGCAGUACCGGCCCUGAGCGCAGCCCUGGAGUCCCCCGGUGAGAACCCCAUGGUCCGGCACGAGGCGGCAGAGGCCCUUGGCUCCAUCGGCAAAGAGGACUGUCUGGCUGUGCUGCAGCGCUAUCGUAGAGACAGAGAGCGCAUAGUCAAGGAGAGUUGUGAGGUCGCGCUUGAUAUGCUUGAGUACGAGAACAGUAACGAGUUCCAGUACGCAGAUGAACUGGUGAAGCUCCAGGGAUAGAGGGUUAAAGGUCAGUGUCACAACUGGAGGGGCUUUCACCCAAAUCUGUAUAUUUAUAACCAUAUACAACAGAGACCUGGAUUAAUGGCUGCAUCUGUAAAACUCUUGGAUUCUGUGAGAUGAGACUUUACAGCAUAAAAUCUAAAAUCAAAAAAUGAAAGUUCAAGAGCUCCGACUAAUCAGAUAUGAUUAGUGAGCUCUUGUGUGUGGCGACGGUGUUGCUAUGUCCCUCGAAGAUACUGCAUUCUGAUGCUGCAGUCGUGGGGUUCUUCUGCAUUUUCUCAUUUGUUCUUUUUCUAAUGGCCGACAGUAAAGCACAUCAUCUAUGGAC